GAACUCCGAAGGAAGGCGACAAUUCCCUCAGGCCGCAUGGCCGGCGUCAAAGCGCCCAUGCUCGAGACGAUGUACUCGUACUUGCAUGACAAUUGGAAACUCAAUGUUCUCUGUGUGUAG